AUGGUGGGUGAAGACGCUGAGCUGCCCUGUCACCUGUUCCCAAAGAUGAGCGCUGAGCACAUGGAGCUGAUGUGGGUGCGAUCCAGCCCCAGGCAGGUAGUGCACACGUAUGCACACGGGCAGGAGGACACGCCCGCAGCAGAGUAUGGAGGGAGAACUUCGAUUUUAAGGGAGGACAUCACUGCGGGGAAGGCUGCUCUGCAGAUUCGAGAUGUCAGAGCCUCUGACAGAGGAACCUACCUCUGUUAUUUCCAAGAUGGAGAUUUCUUUGAAAAUGCCCAGGUGCAGCUGGAGGUUGCAGGAACGAACCCCUGCUGCACUCACCGUUGGUGGGUGUGCCCCUCCCCAGCACUAGGCUCUGAUCCCCACAUUGAAAUGAAGGGCUACGAGGCUGGAGGAAUCCAACUGGAGUGCUUGUCUGCUGGCUGGUACCCGCAGCCCCAAAUCCAGUGGAGAGACACCAGGGGACACGGCUUGCCUGCUGAGGUGGCCACAGAGGCUGCAGACCCCCAGGGCCUUUAUGCAGCCUCAGCCUCUGUGAUCCUGGAAGGCAGCUCUGGGCAGGGGGUCUCCUGUGUCAUCAGAAACCCCCUGCUGGGCCAGGAAAGGUCGGCCAUGGUUUCCAUUGCAGGUCCAUUCUUCCGGAGCGUGGAGCCCUGGGCGGUGGCCCUGGCGGUGCUUCUGCCUGCUCUGCUCUUUCUGCUGCUGGGCACGUGGUGCUUCCUGCGGCAACACAGGAAGAUCCGGGCCCUGACCAAGGAGAAGGAGAGGGAGCGAACACAGAAAGAAGCAGCGGAGGCAGAGAUGCAGCAGCAGAGAAGCGCCAUGGAGAGCCUGCAAGCCGAGCUCAGUUGGAGAAAGAUCCAGUACCUGGAGCGUGAGGACCGGUCUCAGGCCUAUGCAGACUUGAAGAUGGCCCUCUUCCAGCCUGUGGAUUUGAUUCUGGAUCUGGACAGCGUGCACCCCAAACUCUGUGUGUCUGAGGACCAGAGGAGCCUGCGGCCAGCAGAGAAAGAGCAGAACCUGCCUGACCACCCGAAGAGGUUUUCCUGGCAUUACAGUGCCCUGGGCUGUAAGAGCUUCAGAUCAGGGAGACAUUUCUGGGAAGUGGAUGUGAAGGACAGGAAACAGUGGCAAGUGGGGGUGUGUAGGCAGAAUGUGGAGAAAAAAGUUAGGGUGAAUAUGAACCCUGAGAAUGGAUUCUGGGUUGUGGGGCUCUAUCCUGAGAAUAACUACCGAGCUCUCACAGAACCCCAGACCAAACUGACAGUUGUCGACUCUCCCGCGAGGGUGGGGGUUUUCCUGGACUAUGAGCUGGGGGAGGUCUCGUUCUACAAUGCCAUCGAUGGGUCUCACAUCUUCACCUUCCCACCCACCUCCUUCUCUGGGCCCCUGAGGCCUAUUUUUGGGAUUUCAACAUUUGAGUCCACUCCCUUGACCAUUUGCCCAGCGCAGAAAGCAGUGGGAACGUCCAUUGUGCCUGACCCAGGCCCUGACCCUUCCCUGGAGACCCCAGUGUCCCAGGGCUCAGCUGAAGGGAAUGGGGACCCUCAGGCUGAAGAAACGUCUCUGCUUCUCGCUGCCCAGCCUGGACCUGAGGGCCUCCUUAACUGCAAAAUGUCUCAGCAAGAAAACACUAAAGACACACUGAGUGAAGGACUUUACUAACAUCCAUUCAGCAUUUCCAGAUGAGAAAAAGGAUGAGUCACAAAAGGGGAAUUAACUUUCCAAGGAUGACUCAGUCAGCUUUGAACAGCAAUACCUACCAUUCAUAAAUAACUUCACAUGUACUAGUGCUGUGCCAGUUCCUCCAAGUGAAUUUCACUGACGUUCACUGCAACCCUGCGAGGCAGGUCGAAGUUAAACCUCCUAAUUCAUAGAGAAAGUAGUGUUGCUGGGAGAUUGUUGACCUCUGCCCCUCCCCGUCCAUCUAGUCUGUCCCUUUGCAGCUGAUUGUCCUGUUGGACAGGAUCAUGGGCAGCCCUGAGGGUCCUUCCCAGGGCACCAAGGGUAAAGGUCACUGCAGGUGACUAUGAAGGCCACACCUCACUUGGAUCCCUCAAGGUCAACUGUCAGGGCCAUGGUCCACCCCUUCACUGACUGGCUCUGCAGGACACCGUGGUCCAGAGGAUGAAUUCACCGUGACCCCAUCACACAGGGUUGAGAAGAGACCACUGACCCCUUUCUAAACCAGCCUGUGACCUGUGAGCACAGAGCAGACCCAACCUCCUACCUCACACCUGAAGGGCCUCUGUGAGCAGGACUGUGGGAGGAAGGGGGCAGGUGGGCAUCAGUGGAAUUUUUAUCACAUGGUGGGAACCAUGUCCAGGAAGGGACACCCACCGCUGAUCACCCACUGAGGUUCCUGAGGUUCCUGUCACAUGUGGGUCCUGGGGCAAGGCCACUCUUCCUCAUCAUGGUCACUGUGGCUCUUCACCAUGUGUCCCCUCCCCCCACAUGUGAGUGUCAUGUCAAUGUACUAAAUAAAUUUGUCACUCAUCUUUACUCUUCAGUGGAGCUUCUUCUCAUUUUAAGCCCCACUGUUAGCUCACCACGUUCACAGGUUAUUGUCCCUAAAAUUUUUCUAAAUAUCUUUAGUGUACUAAAUUUCUGCUUUUGUU